AAUGGCGAACUGUGUAUUAAAAGAAAAGGAGUGAACGUUACAGUGCUAUGUAAUUCAUGUGGAUGUGUUAUAUGGGGGUGAUCUAGAAUCUCAGACAGCCUCCAAAUGGCGUCGGACAAUAAAUGCCAAGCGGAGAAAAUCAAGAUGAGAGACGGAAAGGACAAACGACAAAGUCGCAUGAAAAAGCUGAAGAAGCGAAUAUCGGCCAGCUUUGGACGUCUCUCCAUUACCAAAGAGGACACUAUACAUGAGAGUGACCAGGAGUCAGAACAGGAGGGUCUUGUGAAUGGUGUCUCCCCCGACGGUGUGCGAGGCUACCCUGGGGCCAAUCUCACUCUCCAGCGCUGUUCCCAUAAGGACGAUUAUGAAGGGCCGAAUGGGAUCAACCCAGCUAACCGACACACUGGCGGAUACCACACCCUAGGCAGGCCUACCGUGGUACACCGCCUCACAAAUAAGAACCAUGCUCCAGUAAAGCGGCAUCAUUCAGCUGGGGAUAUGCUUGACGGAACAUUUGAUCUUGACUCACCGCCUGAUAAUGAAAAACAUGAACGACCUAAGUCUGAGGGUCAUACAUAUCUACGACAGUUCUCUCCGAAACGAACAUCUAGUUACGGAGGGAAUUCACCGUUCGGGAAGGCUGAUUCUUACCAAAAGUUGGAACAGCUCGGUGAGGGGAGCUAUGCAACUGUCUACAAAGGGUUUAGUUGUUUAACCAAUCAGAUCGUUGCUCUGAAGGAAAUCCGGUUACAGGCUGAGGAGGGAGCACCGUUUACUGCUAUCAGAGAAGCCUCACUUCUGAAGGGUCUAAAACACGCUAACAUUGUCACACUUCAUGACAUCAUACACACCAAGGAAACGCUAACUUUUGUGUUUGAGUAUGUUCAUACAGACCUUAGUCAGUACCUGGAGAAACACCCAGGUGGUCUCAAUGCUUUUAAUGUGAAGCUCCUGUUGUUCCAGUUACUACGGGGCCUGGCUUACUGUCACCAACGCAGAAUCCUUCAUCGAGAUUUAAAACCACAAAACUUACUUAUUCAUGAAACUGGUGAACUUAAGCUGGCAGAUUUUGGGUUAGCUCGAGCUAAGUCCAUCCCUAGUCACACCUACUCCCACGAGGUCGUGACCUUGUGGUAUAGGCCUCCGGAUGUCCUCCUGGGCUCUACGAACUACUCCACGUCACUGGACAUGUGGGGUGUGGGUUGUAUUUUCACGGAGAUGAUAUCUGGCAUGGCCACCUUUCCUGGCAUGAAGGACUCUGUCGAUCAACUGGACAAGAUUUUCAGGGCACUGGGCACACCAACAGACCAGGGCUGGGAAGGUGUCUCGAAGUACCCACACUACGACCUCAAAAAGUUUGUGUUGUACCCAAUGCCCUGCCCUCUGGACACAGUCAUCCCUAAACUGGGGUUCAUUCCACAUGCCACGCGCCUUGCCUCCCAGUUCCUACAGAUGGAUCCUUACCAAAGGAUUUCUGCCAAGAAAGCCCUACAUUCAGAGUACUUUGCAGAUCUACCCCCAAAGAUUUAUGAACUUCCAGACGUGGCCUCUAUUUUUAACAUUCCGGGAUUGAAGCUCUUACCAGAACUAGAUGAACUCAUUGCCCCGACUAUUUCUCCCAACCGACCCAGAGAACGGACCAGAAUACGAACUACUCUCAAAGUUUAAUCUUCUAAAGACAAGAAGCGUGAAUGCAGACUAGGACGGAAGAACGUGCGACUAAGUUGUUAUAUGCAAGAGGGUGUACUGCGCCCUCUGAAGUUGUACUGACCCAAAUUUAUAUAAUCGCCAUCGCUGUCAUUGCUGUCAUUGCUGUCAUCGCUACAUUCCUCCACCUGUGUCAGUUUUUGGAGGUGUUACCGCUGAUCAUCUCCCUAAAGUGUUGUUACUUAUCUUCGUGUCGUGAUGUUUGUGAUUAUUCGCCGAUCAUCACCGUGACUGUUAUGGACUGGAUGUUUCCGCCUGUUUAGAUCUAAACUUGACCAGAAACUUUCCAUUCUCUUAAAAGGAUUUCAUGUUUCAUGUAUUGUUACUGUAUAAUUGUGUCUUCUAAGCAAUCCUGAGAAUAUUUCUAGGGUUUUUAUGUUGGCAAUAUUUUGUAUUGUAAGAUACAUCCUCAUUGGACAGAUUUUAUGUGUCCUAAAUCCUCAUUGGUCCAUUUUUAAUAUCCUUGAUAACAUACCAGUCUGUACUACAUGUAUGUACGACAAAAUUUUGUGUAUGUUAUUUAGAAAUCUCUUGUAUGCAUGUGUAAGUGUAGUAAAUUAGUUAUAAAAUGUAAGUUACCAGUAAAUAUUGACUUAUAGGAUAAGUAUUUCAUCUUCAUCAAUGCUAUCAUAAAAUACUGUUAUCAGGAUUAAUAAUUGAGGUGAAUUAACCCUUUUACCCCUACUGAACAUAUUGGACUUCAAAUGAUGAAUGAAUGGCAGUCUACUAAAGUUUCUUAGGGUUGAAAGGGGUUAAGGCUAUAUGCCACCUUAUUGAGAUGAAUUAAGGCUAUAUGCUACCUUACUGAGAUGCAUUAAGGCUAUAUGCCACCUUACUGAGAUGAAUUAAGGCUAUAUGUCACCUUACUGAGAUGAAUUAAGGCUAUAUGCUACCUUACUGAGAUGAAUUAAGGCUAUAUGCUACCUUACUGAGAUGCAUUAUGGGUGUAUGUCACCUUACUGAGAUGCAUUAUGGGUGUAUGUUACCUUACUGAGAUGAAUUAAGGCUAUAUGUCACCUUACUGAGAUGAAUUAAGGCUAUAUGCCACCUUACUGAGAUGAAUUAAGGCUAUAUGCCACCUUACUGAGAUGAAUUAAGGCUAUAUGCUACCUUACUGAGAUGCAUUAUGGGUGUAUGUCACCUUACUGAGAUGCAUUAUGGGUGUAUGUCACCAUUCUGACAUGAAUUAAGGCUAUUUGCUAAAUACUUCCUCCCAACGGGAAGCUGUACUGUUUGCUCACAACAGCAUAAUGAUUCAAAUGUGUACUUUAAUCUAAUGCUCUUAACUAAAGAAGUGAAAUCAAAUGAAAGAGAAAUUGAAUCAAAAUUUUGUACUUUUUUUUGCUGCAAAAGUUUUAUUUAGUAAAAUGGAUAUUUCCAUAUUCAAACUUCUGUCACUUGACACUAAUGAUAGAUAAAUACUGUGACCAUUGUUCAUUUAUACAGUAACAAAAGCAACUGUCUAGAUACUGAUGCCAAGGUCACUGUACUUCAAAGUCACCAUAGCAACUGUCUAGAUACUGAUGCCAAGGUCACUGUACUUCAAAGUCACCAUAGCAACUGUCUAGGUACUGAUGCCAAGGUCACUGUCCUUUUGUAGUCAACAUGGCAACUGUCCCAAGAUACUGUUAUCAAGGUCAUUGUCUUUUGUAGUUGCCAUGGCAACUCUACCUAGAUACUGUUAGCAAGCUAGGUCACUGUCCUUUCGUAGUUGCCAUGGAAACUCUCAAGAUACUGUUACCAAGGUAACUGUCAUUUUGUAGUUACCAUGGAAACUCUUCCUAGAUACUGUUACCAAGGUCACUGUCCUUUCGUAGUUGCCAUGGAAACCCUUCCUAGAUACUGUUACCAAGGUCAUUGUCGUUUUGUAGUUGCCAUGGAAACUCUUCCUAGAUACUAUUAUUAUUAAGGUCACUGUCCUUUUGUAGUUGCACUGUCCCUAGAUGCUGGUUACAAAUGACACUACAUAAGUUAGUCAUGACAAAGUCCUAGUCCGAUUUUUUGCUUUGUAUCUGCCGAUUAUUAGCUGCUGACAUUGUUUUUGCAUCCCAUUUUGUUUUUCUUGCUUGAUAGAGAUUUUAUUAUUAGUGCUCUGCUGUGAUUUAUUUACUUAAAGUGGCAAUAUUUGUUCUUACCGUCAGUAUUGUGUACAGUUUAUACAUAGUUUGUGAUAAAAUAUUUCCUUUAUAUAUGAACCAUUAUUAUGAAUCAAAACCGUGACUGAGGACACAAGUUUCAUUUUUUGCCAUGUAUCUUUAUAAAUGUAUGAAGACAACGUUGUCUUAUCAUUCUGUGUGUCGAAAAGACAGAGCAGAUGGUUCUGUUUUUAUUUGUAGAAUGUUUGUGAACAAUUUUAAAUUUAGCCAUGAUGAAAUAUAAACAAAACCAUCAUAUAUAAUUAUAUACGAGAUACACUAUCAGAUAGAUAAAAUGUUACUGGGAGGGAAACGUGACAGCUUGUUGGCCGUUCCGACCAGUUGGAUUGUUACAAUUGUUAAUUGUCAGAAUUACAGAGAAUGUGUAAUAUAUUUGUGCAGUAACUCUUGAAGAUGGUAAAAUUUUCAAAUUUUACACCAAAAGUACAUUUUACAAACCUUCAAUGGAUAAGUUUAAGGGAUAUUCCACAAAUGUGAAAUUUCUUAGAUGGGUUAAUAUGCUCCUUUCAAGAUACUUUUGUAAAAAAAUUUAUUAAAGCGUCAUAUGAAAUCCUAACUUGUGCCGAAUAUCCCUUUAAUACCAUAAAACUGUUUGAAACUGCUCUUUUUCAAAUCGGGUUUAAAGUCUAAUUUAGGCUAAAAAAAUGUAGAGUCUCCCUUCAAAAUACGGUGAUCGGCAAAAAGUUACAAUUAAUAUACUGGAAAUGGAACUGUCAUUUAAAUACUUACAUUAAUUUACCCCAACAGUUUGUAUUUUAAAAUGACCUGUUAUGAAUAUAUAAUGUUAAUGAGUUAUUAAUUAGGUUAAAGGUAAUAAUCAAAUACAUUUCCAUUAGCAUAUCGAUAAUUGAUAUAAUUGUCAUUGAUAUUUGUAUCAAACAAGACAAUAUCGACAAAGCAUUGACGAUGACCUUGAAACUUGUGAUACAUGAUUUAAUUGAAUUUUUAUUGUUGGAUUUACAGCAUUAGAUCCGUAAAUGACCCCAAUGUAAAAAAAACAUGUGAUCCCAGAGUUCUUUCUAGGUACUAUUGUCAACUGACAUCUGCCAACAAACCCAUUUUUGUUUCGCAUGCUUCCUGGGAAAGCAACAUUGUAAUUGAUAACCCAUUUCAACCCAUAGGGGGUUGUUUAUUAGAACAACUACAGCUGUGAUUCCAAGCAUCCUAGAGGGUGUUUAUUAGAACAACUACAGCUGUAAUUCCAGGCACCCUAGAGGGUGUUUAUUAGAACAAAUACAGCUGUGAUUCCAGGUACCUUGGGGUGUUUAUUAGAGCAAAUACAGCUGUGAUUCCGGGCAUCAUAGGGGAUGUUUAUUAGAACAACUACAGCUGUUAUUUCAGGCACCCAAGAGGUGUGUUUAUUAGAACAAAUACAGCUGUGAUUCCAGGCACCCUAGAGGGUGUUUAUUGGAACAAAUACAGCUGUGAUUCCAGGCACCUUGGGGGUGUUUAUUAGAACAACUACAGCUGUUAUUUCAGGCACCCAAGAGGUGUGUUUAUUAGAACAAAUUGUGAUUCCAGAGUUUUUGUCCCGACACCAUGCUUACAUUUUUAGUUGUGUUAUAGUGCUAUUUUUGGAUAUAUGUCCAAACAUUCACACCAAUUAUUUUUUUGUCUUCCAUGUCAAUGACUUAGAUUUGUUUAUUUCCAUAUUGUGUAUGUUAAAUCAUGCGACAACCAAGCAUAAACUUUAUUUGAAUGCACACAGGCAUGGAACAUGAUUGAGGUAUUUUCUGUAUACAGGUUGUAGUUUAUAAUUACCUUCCAAGGUUCGCUCUGGGUAUUAUAUAUACGUUUCUUUUCAGAUUAAAUUGGGGACCUUUUCAAUUUUUAUCAACACGAACUGCGACCUCUAUACUUAACAGGCCUCGUGGUUCCUGCCUUUGUUUACAUGCUCCAUCUUGCUUCCAUUGUUUUAGUGUGUGCCAUAAUCCUUUGCAUAAUAUGAUGUAUUUGUGUCGACAUGAUUGUCACCGAUUUUAUUCCAUUGUUAUGUUACAUGAUUCUGUCGGAAGUAGUGCUGAUGUUUCGUGAAGACUUGUUGUACCAUGUACCGCGCGGUGGAAGUUACUUUUUAAAAGAAUUUUCGAAAUCAAUUCGUCUUAUAUAUAGAAAUGUGGGGAUGGGCAAGUAUAAUUAAAUGGGUAUAAAACCAAUUUACUUGUGACAGUUGCCUGUGAAAUCUGUAUAACGCUGGGCCUAUCAAUAAGCAUGGGCUUAUUGGUGAGCGUGGUGAAUCAGUGUUACAAGUGACAGAGAUACGUAGUGAUGUCUCUCGCGUUUAUUUCCCGUAUUUUAUAAUGAAAAAAGCAAAUUUUGAUACGAAAAUGACUGGCUUUCAUUAUCUGUGACUUUUAAUGUCCUACAGUUGUUCAUAUGGCCAUGUUGGGUACAUCAGCAGGCUAUAGCCAGGUCAGUUACAAAGUUAUACAGGGGCAUAUGUCAUAUUAUGACAACAGGCUUUCAUAUGAUAGUGUGUGAUGAUUUACUAAAAAUAAUCCACUUGAUGUAAAAAAGGGGAAAUUUCAUGUUUUGUAUCAUCGUAAUACCAUCACUUUAUCAUACAAAGUAUAUUUCACCACGGUUAAGAUGUAUUUACUGAAAUAAUGUAUUAUUGUCUUUUAUUAUCCUAUUGUGUAGAUCUGAAUUGUUAUCAUACGUGGAUUGAUGUCAUGUUCCUUAUUUAUUAUAGUAAGCCUGUUUUACAUCCGAAUUCUCAACAAAUCCAGGCUGAGGCCAUUUUCUUAACAUUUAAAAAUCUGUCGCCUUUUACUGCAGGAAAGUAUACAUGUAUGCAAGCCCCCAAGUGAAACAAUGUCGAUUAUCCCUGUUAAAUGCCGCAAUUCUCGUGAUUUUAUGAUCACAGAAUUAUCUAAGGUUGUCUACUAUAAUUGUAAACUUGUACUACAGUAAUCUAAGUAUAAAGGAAUAUUUCAAGUUCACUAGUUUACAGUCCAUUGAGUUUAAAUCUAAAUUCACCCUAAUACGCUUGGUAGAGCUAGUGAAUUAAUCUAUUUGAGUAAACUUAGUCAACUAAUGCAGAGUUCAUUACAGUUGUAGACUUUGUAGUUCAUUCUAGUAAGCUGUGUGUCAUGCUCAACAUUUAUAAACUUUUUUCAUGUGCUAUGUUUUCCUAACAAUUGAAAGCUGUGAUACAGCGGACUUAAAUCUAGUGAAUCUUCACAUUUGGUAAGAUUUGGCUAGUCAUCGAUGUUGAGGUCAUUCAAGGGAGAUAACCUGCUAGCUUGUUCAGAUUUAAUGGAAACUAUUGAGGGUUUUAUGUAAAUUUUCUCUUAAAUUAAUUUUUAAGACAGCAACCUUAGCUCACUAUGUGACCCCACCUGACCUCUGAAAUUGCUUACUUGUCAAAAUCUUACCAUUUGUGAAAGAAUUGAGACAACUAAACUCUGAGCUUGAUAGUUUACAUUUUUGGGAGUUAUAUAGUUCACUAUUAAGGAGUCAGAGAAAUAAAACUGAUCCAAUUUUA